GACCAGCCAAAACACUUGCAAAGUUUAUGGAUAAAAUUAAGGGCAAGGAGCAGGCAGACAAUGAACCACCGAAAAAACGCCCAAAGUUAAUUAGAGUUUCUCCAAAUGUAAUUGUCAAAGAGGAAUAUUCUUUGUUUGAAUCAGAUUUUUUAAUUUCGUUACAUCAGUUUUCUUGUACCAGUCCUGAAAAAGAAAAAGAAAAAAAGCUUGCAUUGUUUAAAAACCUCAAACUUUAUCAAGAUGAUGAAUCUUUAUUUAAAAAUAUUCUAAAUGAAAUGAUUGACAAGUCACAUUUAAUAAACACUAUCUCCCAUCUAUCACACCAUCUUCACGAAUACUUUGGCAAAAAGAACAUUAUUCUCAUUGAUGAAUACGAUUGGGCAAUGAAACGUGCAAAGAAUUUUACAAUGAAGCGAAUAUUUCUUUCAAGUGCAUGUUCUCUAGUAUAG